AUGGCUCCUUAUGAAGCUUUGUAUGGUAGAAGGUGUAGGACACCCCUAUGUUGGUCAGAGCUCGAAGAAGGCCUUACCUUAGGACCAGAAGUGGUACAUCAAACCACAAAGAAGGUCAAGUUAAUCCAAGAAAAGAUGAGGACUGCUCAGAGUAGGCAGAAAAGUUAUCAUGAUAAGAGGAGGAAUGAUCUGGAAUUCGAGGUUGGUGAUCAUGUAUUCUUGAGAGUCACUCCGUGGACUGGGUAUAUCCGUGAUCCAUCCCAUGUGAUUGAAUUGGAUGAUGUACAAGUGAAGGAGAAUUUGACAUAUGAAACAUUGCCUUUGAGGAUUGAGGAUAGGCAAACAAAACACCUAAGAGGGAAAGAGAUUCCGUUGGUCAAGGUGAUCUGGGGAGGUGCAUCAGGAGAAGAUGCCACGUGGGAAUUAGAAAGUCAGAUGCAAGAAGCUCACCCAUCCUUGUUUGAGUAA